CACUAUGUAGCAUGUGGUACUUACUUCCCCUCCUGUGCGCUCAAAUCAGAGGUCUACAAAUCACCUCGCUGGUGGUGCCUCAGUACGUGGUCAACAACUCUGGGCUGGCAGUGCUGGACUGUCAGUACACUCUCGACCCCAAAGAUCUACAGGGUGACUCUGGGCUGGUAGUCAAGUGGUUCUUCAACAACGGCCCGGCCCCCGUGUACCAGUGGAUCCCCAGUCAGCGGCCUCAAGACCUGGGCAUCCUCCGUGGUCGCCUCAACCUGGACCACCGGGCCUCCGACAACAACGCCACCAUGUACCGCGCCCUCAGCAUCGUCAACCCCACCACCGAGCUGAGCGGCGAGUACCGCUGUGCUGUCUCUACCUUCACUGACGAGGACUUCAUGAUCGAGAAGAUGAUUGUCUACGCUCCAGAGAAGCAGAUGGAGAUGGUACAGGCCAAGCCAGACCCCGAGCAUGUAAAUGUGACGUGCAGAGCGUGGGGUCUAUAUCCGGAGCCGCGCAUAGCGCUGUACAGGGACCCCUACACGCCGAAGAUCAGUAAGCCACUGCAGGGUGUGACGGUGGAGACUAGUUCCAAGACCGGCCACUACGACAUCCUCGCAUCUGCUGUGUUCGCAGACCUGGACCUCCAUGUUCCCACCACCUUCAUCUGCGAAGUAUGCAUCCCCACCACUGAGUAUUGUAGGAGGAAACGCCUCGUCUACUACCCGGGCAGCAUGGCGAGCUACAUCUCAGGUAGCAGCGGGCUGAACAUACUCAAAUCUACAAUGUCAUGGGCAAUAGCGUUGACGCUAGCUCUACUAGCGGCCCUCUAACAAACAGCUCAGACACAGGUGCAAUAAACAUGGAGGGUGUUUCCGUUCCUAGCGAGUUGAGAGCUCUGUCUGCUUUUCCCCACCUUAAACCCUCCAAUUAGAAAGUAAUUGUUUUUUUAAAAUAUACAGUAUGAUUGAAAUAUACACGAGAAGACAACCUAUUUACCUGUUCAGGAAAGUUGUAAAAAGAAAACAAACUACAUGAUAAUAAUUGAACAAAAAUUAAAAUGUUACCUAGUUUAAAAACAAUUAUAUUUCGUGUUUCGACAUUCGUGGGAAUUAAAAAUUAUGUGUAUAUGCAAUUAAAUGUCUUUGUUGUUUGAACCCAGUGACAAGGCCUAUGUUAUAUAAUUAUUGAUUUACCUAUUUUGCAUGAAGGUCUUGUAGUUUAAGACCUUCAGCCAAAAUAGGUAAAUGAAUUAUUGUAUAAAUGUCUUUAUCCGCAUUGAAUUAAACAUUUUUUUAUCUCGAGUAUGUUUAUAUUAUGA